CAUUUUGUUCGUUUAAGCUAAUAAGUGCAACUAUUUGUGUUUGCGCAAGAAGGUUGAAUUAAGUGAAAAAAGACUUUAAAAGAGACCAACAUAUGGAUAUACUACCACACGAUUCGUCAUAAUUUCCUUAGUGAGAUAUGUUGUUUGGAAUUUGGAAUGUCCGUACUCUAUCAGAGGCUCUUAAACUCGAAGAAAUAUGUAGUGAAAUGGAUACAUAUAAUUUGGAUAUAAUCGGCUUGUCAGAGACGCAUUGGAUUGGUGUGGGUAAUAUUGAAACAAGACCAGGUUACCAUUUUUUAUACAGUGGCAACUCUGAGAGUAAGCUGUAUGGCGUUGGCAUACUCGUUAAGCCAGCAGCUUAUAGGAGCUUUCUGGGCCACUGCCCGAUUUCGGAGCGCAUACUAACUGCGCGCUUUAAAACUGUCACAGGCAAUCUUACCAUAAUUCAAUGCUAUGCACCAACUGAGCUCAAAGAGUACGGGGAAAAGGACAAAUUCUACCAAUCGCUGGAGGAGACACUGGACGAUGUGCCAGAGGGUGACACAAUUAUAGUCGCUGGUGAUUUUAAUGCGAGAGUCGGAACAGACAAUACGCGCUUCGAACUGGUAAUGGGCAAACAUGGAAUGGGCGAAAAGUGCAAUGAUAAUGGCAAUAGACUGAAAAAUCUUGCCGAAAAGCGUAAGUUAUUCAUUGGUGGUACAGGAUUUGAGCAUGCGGCAGCCGAGAAGUAUACAUAUGUACAGAAAAGAGGGGGUCGACAACAGAUCGAUCACAUACUAAUCAACCAGUCCCAAAAAGAACGACUCGUUGACGUAUGCAAUGAGCGGCAAGCGGAUAUUAACACAGAUCACUUGCUGGUGGUGGCCAAAUUAGAUUUGCAACUAUGCAUGGUGAAUAAGUUUGAAUUGAAGGCGCUUAAAGAUGUACAAAUACCCGCAAACUAUCGUUGCAAAUUAAGGGAAGCUAUCGCCUCACCAGCGACAACACCCACUUGUGCAAACAUCGAUGAGAUACUAAAACAAGUAGCGUGUGAAACUUUGGGACAGCUUUACAAUCGCGAACAGUCAUGGUUGAGCAAAACGACCUGGGAGCGAAUUGAGAGUAGAAAAAAAUUGAAAUGUAGGCUUGAAAAAUCUGAAAAUGAAGAAGAGCGAAAGCAGAUGAGGCAGGAAUACAAUGCAAUACAGCAGGAAAUCAGGGAGCUAGCAAAAGAAGAUGAAGCACAGUAUAAUGCGACUGCAGCAAUGAGGAUCACUGAGGAGGAAAUAGCUGUGCAACUGAGAGAUUUCAGAGCGCAACAUUGUGAGUACAAGCAACUCACUGUUGCACAACCACACCUAACGCCGCUGAAGGAGCGUAAAAAUAGCGGACCAAGAAGAAGUAGUCGACAAGCAGCGCGCCGCGAAGCGCACAUACAGAGUGAAGCAAAUAAUUGCCGACCUACGAACGAGCUAAAGUCGAGUAUAGAAGCAGGAGCAGCAGCAGCAGGUACUCGUACAACUGCUAUGCGACCUUGUAUAAAGCAGUUGAAAGAAGGGCGCACUUCAAUAGAUCAUAAAGCGCACGCUGCUCCUAUGACAAAGAAAGAGAACGAACUAAUAAAUUUGGCGCCACCAACAGCGAAUGAAAUCGAAACUGCUGUAAAGCAACUCAAAAUUAAAGAACCGUCUAACCCCAAAGACAUACCCAUCCAGCUGUUGCAGCACGGGCUAGACGAGUUGCUACCCAUAAUGCAGCGAAUUUUUGAAACGAUUUGGAGGCGAAAACUCACCAGCAAAUGCAAGCCGAAGGUGUUGAAGCUAAAUGCAGCGCCAGCAGUAUUACAACGCAUUUUAGUCGCCAUUAUACACCAGCGUAUGGCGCCGAUGCUCCAGAGUGCGCUACGCGUCGAGCAACGCGGUUGUGGACGUCGUGCCUCCUGCAUAGACCUCGUAGGUGCUGUGCGCAGUAUUAUCAAGAAAUUGAAUGGAAAACCGCUCGUUCUGCUUUUCCUGCAUUUCGAAGCGCCGUAUGAGACUAUGCGACGCACCGCUAUUUGGGAAAGGUUACGCUUUUUGGGUAUUCCAGAAGAGCUGGUAUUACUCAUCGAAGCACUUUAUUUAACUUUUGAUGCACGCCCAGUUGGCGUGCGCGAGGACUGCGAACUGUCGCGUUUACUGUGUGCUUUAGUGUUGGAUGGUGUGCUCGCUGAAACCAACUGCAUUGUAGGCAAAGGCAUUGAAUUGACAGCAAGUCGUGUUUUGUGCGAUCUGGCAUAUGGCGAUGAUAUCUGUUUUCUUACAGAUAAGCUGGAGAGUAUGCAGCGUAAAAUGGAAGUGCUUAUAAAGCAGGCUGAAAAUGUGGGGCUGCAGGUGGACUUUGACAAAACUAAAGUUAUGAGCUGGAAUGUGGAAAAUAUGGAAAAAUUAAGGAUUACAGUGGGCGAAAAAGUUUUUAGUAUAGAAAAUGUGAAAAAGCACAAUUAUUUGGGUUGCUUACUCUCAAAGCAUGCUAAUACAGAUGCAGCGGCAGCAGAACGCAUCGAUUUGGCACGGUGUAAAUUUAAAGAAUGGCAGACGGUUUGGGAAUCCAGAAAGUUAGUAGAGAGCGAAAAAUUAGAUAUAUUCCGAAAAAUUAUAAUGCCGGUACUUUUGUAUGGUUCGGAGGCAUGGACAUUGUCAAAACAAGCACGCAAUCGAUUAGAUUAUUUUGUGGCGACAAGUCUAUUCACAAUUUGUCAGCUACGUACAGAAAUGGACCAACAAAAACAGCAAUGGAAGGUAGAAAUAAGUGGACGAGCUGAAAAUGAUAUAAUAAAAAUGGCGUACGAGUGGAAGCCGUAAAAAAACUAAAUAAGUUGUACUUAGUAAAUCAUAUAAAAUUGGCUUCUGUACCCAAUAGAGUAUCGCAUCCAAGCGGUUCCAACGAUUCCAUUUUGUUAAUACAUAAGUUAAGCAGAAAUAAUUGCUGGCCACCUACAUAAACGAACAUGCAGAGAGCUGUCAAAAGAAAGUGUCAGUCAGUUGUUAUGCAACUGUGAGUAGGCUGCUGUGAGAGCGACCACAGCAGUUAACAGCAAAAAGGAUUUAAAUGUGCACAAAUGGCAGUCAAAUGUGUUCAUAAUUUACUUAAAGGUUUGACAUUUACGAAAUGGGACGCUAUACGCUUGAACAAAAUUGGGAAAUAUUGAAAACCUAUUUCCAAAGUGGUGAGUCUUCUUCUUCUUUUCUGAUGAAGCUCAUUUUCACAUCGGUGGCUAUGUCAAUAAGCAAAAUUGUCGGAUUUGGGGCUCAGCAUCCACAACGAGUCACUGUUUGGUGCGGUUAAAGCCAGUCGUGGCAAUCAUUUGAACGAUAUUAUUUUUCAUUCAUAAAUGACAAUAUUCAAUCUUCAAAAAAAAAAGUUCGAAAAAAUAUUGAUUAGUUUGUUUUUAUAGCCGAUUCAAAAAGCAAAUUUUACAUGGCCCACCCUAUAUACAAUAUUUUUGUAAAUUCUUAAUGUUAAUAAAUAAAUAUUUUAUAAUUUGUAUAUGUAUAUCCAAGGUAAGACAUGCCUUGCUAGGGCAAUCGGCGAAAAUGUCCUGAUAAUGCACAGGAAGUGAGGAAUAUUCAAAAAUUCUGUUUUUGUCUGGGAGCGGAUUAUCCUAAAUAUAAUCUUGGAAAUUAAUAAAAAAAAUCAACGCUCAGAACUUUCUACUAAACCCAAUAUUUUUAAUCAAAACAAAAUGUUAGCAGUAUGAAAUUCUUUGAAUUAUAAUUUAAAUAUUAUAUUUGAUGUGAUUAUAACUUUUUUAAAAUUAUUAAUGAAUAAAAUAUUUUUUGUGCAAUAAUAGAAAUUAAUAAUAAAAUCUGAACCGGAUUAUCCUAAAUAUAACCUUGUAAAUGAAGCAAACAAGAGUUCAUAACUUUUUACUACACCCAAUAUUUUUAAUCUUAACAAAACGUUAGUUAAGUGCAAUGUGCAAUUCUUUGAGUUAUAAGUUAAAUAUUUUAUGUGAUUUGAAUUUUUAAUUUUUUUUUUAAUUAUUAAUAAAUUAAAUAUUUUUUGUGCCAUAAUAAAAAUUGCAACAAAAAAUGUGCUUAGUGGCUUCACUCUUCUCAUCUGUGUUAAAUUCGUACAAUUGAAAUUUAAAAAAAUCUCUAUAGUGUUUUUCUAACUAACUACUACUCUGUUCUACUGCUCUGAACUUGAAUAGAUGAGUAGUAGAAUUGGCAGCGCAAAAAGCGGCAUCAAUUGUUUUGCUCCGCUCCAACCAAGGUGGAUUUAUUAUAGGUGAAAGCAUUCACCCAGCUGAAUUUUUCGCCGUAGAUAGGGUUUACGUCAAAAUGAUAUGCUUUGUUUGAAUUGGUAUGUUUACAUUCAUACAUAUGUUUACAUUUGUGUUUACUGAGCUCUUGAUGCAAAUGGAACAUUUAUUCACAUUUGCCAAUUUAUUGACUCGCGGUUGUCCUUUAA